AGACUCAAAAAACUACUGGACACCCAUUUGCCAACGACCCUUUCAAAACCUUGCCUUACCCUCCAAUCUCUCCAUAAGAGCGCCUCAACCUCACAGCUUACAGCCUUACAUUAAGAAAGCUGAACCCAAAAGGCAAGAUAACAGCAAGAGAUCAAUUGGGUUUUCUCAGUCUUGCUUUUCUUCUGAGAUGUCAGGUGUUCUUCUUUGGGUGGUUAGUCCCAAAGAGAAUGCCAACUCUCUGCUGAGUCUCAUGCCCAGAAUUGGUAGCCCAAGGAGGUCAAAACUGUGCUCUAGGCUGACUUUUUCAACUGGGGUUUUAGCUUACUCAGGUGCAGUUGCGCACCCAAUAAGAUCAUCAGAAGAAAUGGUCUAUGAAGUGGUGCUCAAGCAGGCUGCUUUGGUUAGAGAACAGAGCAGGGUCAAGGAGAGAGCUUUGGACUUGGAUGAACGGAUUGAAACUGAUGGUCUGAGCAAUUGGGAUUUGUUGAAUCAGGCUUAUGAUCGAUGUGGUGAGGUCUGUGCUGAAUAUGCCAAGACGUUUUACUUGGGCACAUUACUCAUGACACCAGAGCGGCGACGAGCUGUUUGGGCAAUUUAUGUGUGGUGCAGAAGGACAGAUGAGCUAGUGGAUGGACCAAAUGCUUCAUACAUCACACCCAAAGCUCUUGACAGAUGGGAGAAAAGAUUAACGGAUCUUUUCGAAGGUCGUCCGUAUGAUAUGUAUGAUGCUGCUCUAUCUGAUACAGUCUCCAAAUACCCUGUUGAUAUACAGCCCUUCAAAGACAUGGUAGAAGGAAUGAGAUUAGACUUAAUAAAAUCAAGAUACCAGAACUUUGAUGAACUUUACCUCUACUGCUACUAUGUUGCUGGGACUGUAGGCCUAAUGAGUGUUCCGGUAAUGGGGAUAAGCCCAGAAUCAAAGGCUUCAACAGAGACUGUUUACAAUGCUGCAUUGGCCCUUGGAAUAGCUAAUCAGCUCACUAAUAUACUCAGAGAUGUUGGAGAAGAUGCCAGGAGAGGAAGAGUGUAUCUCCCACAAGAUGAGCUUGCCCAAGCCGGCCUAUCAGACGAUGACAUCUUUCAAGGAAAGGUGACUGACAAGUGGAAAAUGUUCAUGAAGGGCCAAAUAAAGAGAGCUAGGAUGUUUUUUGAUGAGGCUGAGAAAGGUGUUUCAGAACUCAACUCAGCUAGUAGAUGGCCAGUGUGGGCAUCUUUGCUGCUGUACAGGCAGAUUCUGGAUGCUAUUGAAGCAAAUGGUUAUGACAAUUUCACAAAAAGGGCUUAUGUUGGGAAAGCAAAGAAGUUAGUAUCAUUGCCUGUGGCAUAUGGCAGAGCGGUUAUAGGACCCUCUAAAUUAACUAAGCAGUUGGUGUCGAGAUGAAUUAGAUAUAUACUUAGAUAAUAUUUAGAGGUCACAAUUUCUAAGCUCUUAGCCUACCAUAUUAGACAAAGCCAAGUUAAAGUUGGGUCUCAAGUUGAAAUAUGUAAAUUUUGAUAUCAGUUUUUAUUUUGUUAAAUCUUUCAUCACCAUGAUUUCAUCAAUACAAUGGAUCUUAACCUGACAUUGCUCUUUGCU